AUCGGUUUUCUUUCACAUUCACUCAGUUGCUGACCAUACAUCAAGAAUGAUUACCAAGAGUGCAGUUGCCUUCCUCUUAAUUUUGGCCUCGUCUGCCUUUGCCGAAAUUGUUCAAUGGCAAGCUUGUCCUACUUCUCCCAAUGCUCCACUUAAUUGCACGGUUCAUGAAGUUCGAGUGGACCCUUGCAAGGAAGCUGAUCAGGGGAAACCAUGUAAAAUAAAGAGAGGAAUUGAUGCUAGUAUUAGCUUCGAUUUCACCCCUAACUUCGAUGCCACGACUGCUGAAAGCAGAGCAUACUGGGUCAGUCCUUUGAUGGACUUGCCAUUUGUCGGAAUGGAAACUGAUGCUUGCAAAGCCACCCAGUGUCCAAUCGUUAAGGCGCAAAAGAAAUCUUACACCAUGCAUUUGCCAAUUGCGAAAAGUUUUCCAAUUAGAGCAUACGACGUAAAAUGGAAACUGUGGAACGACAAAGAACAAGACUGCUGUUUCAUUUUCCAGAUCAAAUUGACCAAGUGAAAAUCAUCAUUUACCGUCCCUUUUUCACCCUUGACUCAUUGCAUAAUUGAUUUGAUAACUUAAUUAAAUAAAAAAUUUUCAGAGUCUA